AUGGAGCCAGACCUCAUGCCCUUGCAUUCAUCCACCCCUCCUCAGCUGGACUGUGAUGGUGACGAAGGGGUGGGAUCAGAGGAGGAAGAGUUUGGGGACUUUUCCGUGGGAAUCUCCUGCUCCUCUCUCGGUUUUGCUGUCGCUCCGGAUCCAGCGUCACGUUUUCAACAGCCGCCUCCCGUCAUAAAACCAGAGACCCAUCAGCCCAACUCCACCGUCUAUCAGCCCGCGGAGGAAUCCCCACACUCAUCCUCUGGGUCGGAGUCCAGCAGGGGACCUGGAGACGUGGAGAGUCAAAACUCCAAUGCUGAAUCUUUGUCGCACCUCACAAACGGAUUCGGUCCAGCUGCCUGUAAAUCCGGGGGGGCCCCCGUCCUGGACUCUCCUGAGGAGGAAACGGGGUUUGCUGACUUUACUGUGUUCACAGAGCAGGUGUCGCACCCCUGGUGCUGUGGCCUCACAGAGCAGUGGGACACCAAAGUGGGAGGCGUGGACGGGAGUUCGGGACGCGAUGUAAAGGCCGUAACGGAAUCCGAGCCCAGAUCUCAGAUCCCUCACUGUGUGCAGGGAGACGCGGCGCUCGUGCACCCGCCUCAGGACCACCAUCAGCCUCAGCCGGCCGCAGCAGCUUUGAGUUUUUCAUCUGGAGGGGACGAUUCAGGCAGUCCUCUGGAUGCUCGGAGGGAGAGGAGGCUUAGCUGGAACUCUCCAGAAACCUCUGAGACCCAGAGAAGUACCGAGCGCCUUCCUCAGGGCUCCAUGUACGGGUCUGCUUCGGACGACCUGGGAUCCUUCUGUGACGAUUGGUCGUUUGAGGGCGUUUCUGCAGACUUGGAGCCGAUCGUGUCAUCCCUCGGUUCUGAGGAGGGUCAGACUGAAUGCGACCGAACUGAUGAGGAGGAGGAGGAGGAGGAGGAAGAGGACAGCAUGGCAAACCUCGGCUUGUCUGGGACAGGAAAGGAUUUUCAACCGUUCAAUCUCUAUGUGACUCAGGAAACUUCUGCUACCUCCAGCCGGCCCCAGCCUGGUCCAGACCCAAAGGAAAGAUUAGACUUGGCCGAUGUGGGUCUCAUGCAUCAGAGGGACAGAGAAUCUGCUCAGACAGCCGAAGCGGGGGCGCCCUUCCAGGGAAACCUCCGGCUGAGUGACAGCUUUGCAGAUUUCUGCUCGGCGCCCACGCGGGAUGAUGAAGGGCUGUGGGCGGACUUCAAGGAGCAGCUGGACUGCAGAGAGCUGGUCAGCAACUUUGAGGAUGAUGGAGGCGAUGAGGAGGGGCUGGAGAGGAGGGAACAGCUCGGAGCUCUGAGGAACAGCUGUCAGCUGUUCCACUGCAGCUUUCCAGAUGUGCUGGUCCCAGCUGUGGAGGGUCCGGAGGAGCUGCUGGUCCUCUCUGCUCCGACCCUGCACCUCCUCGAGAGCCAGGAAGUGAUGCCAAAGCUCAGCUGUGCCCUGAAGUUUCAGCAGGAGAUGCUGAGUCCCCGUCAGGGCAUCCACAACUCACUUGGCCUGCAGUUCCGGUGGGGCGGUUCCCAUAGUAACAGAAAUCUGCUCAGGUGCCUCGGUGUGGACGAGGGGAACAUUGUGAGUUUGAAAUUGAAGCAGCCGCCGUCUCUGCCCGCCCACGCCAGUCCGGUGGGUCCUCCGUCAGAAGACUGUUUUUAA